AUGGAGGACGGCGGCGCGAGAGCGGCGGCGGUGCAGAAGCUGAUGGCGGCCAAGGCCAAGUCCGGCAAGAGCUUCUCCGACAUCGGGGCCGAGACGGGGCUCACCAACGUGUACGUCGCGCAGCUGCUGCGCCGCCAGGCGCAGCUCAAGCCCGACACGGCGGCCGCGCUGCGGGCGGCCAUCCCGGCGCUCACCGAAGAGCUCGUGGAACUCAUGAUGCAGCCGCCCUUCCGCUCGUACAACCCUGAAAUGGUCCACGAGCCCGCCAUAUACAGACUGAAUGAAGCUAUCAUGCAUUUUGGAGAGAGCAUCAAGGCAAUCAUCAAUGAGGACUUUGGUGAUGGAAUCAUGUCAGCUAUAGACUUCUACUGUACCGUCGACAAAGUUAAAGGGGCUGAUGGAAAAGACCGUGUGGUGCUCACAUUUGAUGGGAAGUAUCUGCCUCACACUGAACAGAAAGCCGCGAAUAUGAUGUCGAAGUUGCCCUGCAAGGCACCUUGA